UGUCCCUUUUUAUUUACUUUUCUUUUCUUGUUAUUACCGAUUUAACUGAUUAAUCAGGGGAACAAAAGCUGCAAUUAUGGGAGGCUACCUUGUGCUCACUUUGUUUGUUUUUCUUUUUGAUGGUCUGGUUGCUGACACAUCUGGAUUGAACUUGUUGUCAGUGAUUGAGGGACACAAUGUCACUUUAAGCACAGGUGUUACCAAACAACAACGUGACAAGAUGCUGUGGUAUUUCAACAAUACUCUGAUAGCUCUGAUCAAUGGAGAGCCCAGUAAGAGUUGUCUGUAUUAUGGUGUUGGAGGGAUAUUCAGAGACAGACUGGAAGUGGACUAUGAGUCUGGAUCUCUGAUCAUCACAGACAUCACAACUGAACACACUGGACGUUAUGAAGCAAAUUUCAUCCAAAGCAAGAGCACGGGAACCAGCCAAAGCUUGAACCGAAACAGCAAGUGUGAUGGCACAAAAAUCACCAGAAAAAUGAGCAACAUCGGCGAAACCAUAAAAACUUUAAGUGUUUCUGUCACUGCCUUUCUCUCUAGAACUGACAAACCCAACGUAGUAUCAAACAAUCGGGACAAGAAACAAGAGCAUGAAAGCAGUCUGUCUUUAGGUCUUAUAGCUGGAAUAUUUGUUGGUGUGUUGCUGCUAGCUACAGCUGCUGUUCUUGGUGUGAUUUGCUAUAUCUGCAGGAGAUCUAGCAAGGGCAAGUAUCACCUACAGAUAAGAUUUUGACAGGAAAACCAUCUC